UAUUUUAUGAUGAUGACUGUUAAUAUAUGCUAAUUUGUUUUCCACAGGUAAUUCAGAAACUCCUGUAUUUGACGAAAAGAAUAAGGAUCAUUGGAACAUGCAAGCACAAUGGAUAUUACAAACAAAGUUAUCCAAUAACUUAAACACGAAAGUAGCAAAGAACGUGAUCCUGUUCCUUGGAGACGGGAUGAGUAUCACCACCCUGGCUGCCACCAGGGUGUACCUGGGUCAGAAGUAUGGACAUCUGGGUGAAGAACUUAAGCUGAGCUUCGAAGCAUUUCCUUAUACGGGUUUAUCUAAGACUUACUGCGUAGAUAAUAACGUCGCAGAUUCUGCGUGCAGUGGUACUGCCUACCUCUCAGGGGUAAAGGCCAACAGUGGGACUGUGGGACUCAGUGCGGCUGUCAGACGUGGGGAUUGUAAGGGACAGAGAGACGGCCUGCAUUCUGUUACUGGUCUUAUGGACUGGGCCCAAAAAGCUGGGAAAGGAACCGGCCUUGUAACCACAACGAGAGUGACACAUGCUACUCCAGCGGCAGCAUACGCUCACUCAGCAGACAGGAGAUGGGAGACUGAUACUGAUCUGCCGAAGAAAGGACUUCGCUGUGAGGAUAUCGCUACCCAGAUGGUGAAGGGACAAGUUGGCAGUAAAAUUGAUGUCAUACUGGGAGGAGGGCGCAGAAACUUCUUCCCUAAAACUCAAACUGAUCCUGAAGGGUACCGUGGCUACAGAAGUGAUGGCGUAGACCUCAUAAGAGAGUGGAAAAAACGGAAGGAGGCCCUGGGAGUCUUUCCUAGAUUUGUGUACAAUAAAGAAGGACUAUUGAAAUUAGAUGAUUCCCUAUAUCACAGCGUCUUAGGUCUAUUUUCCCCUGACCAUAUGCCCUAUCAUUUGGAAGCGGGCGAUGAUGACCCAACUCUAACUGAAAUGACCCAGAAAGCUAUACUAAUGCUGAAGAAGAAGAAGAAUGGGUUUUUCUUGUUUGUUGAAGGAGGAAGAAUAGACACAGCUCACCAUGAGACUAAAGCACGUAAAGCGCUCGAUGAGACCGCUGAAUUUGCUAAAGCGGUUGAAGCGGCUUUAAGACUAGUGGACUUACAAGAGACACUGGUCGUAGUAACUUCUGACCAUAGCCAUACUAUGACGUAUAGUGGAUAUAGUAAGAGAGGCUCUGACAUCUUAGGACUGGUUAAUAAGAAUAAUGCAUCUGAUAAUUUGCCGUAUGCUACCCUGAGUUAUGCCAAUGGACCAGGGUACAAGGAGGCUGGCAGGUUCCACCGGUUCAAUCUAGCGAAGGAUGACUUCAAUGACGUAAACUACACAUACCCGUCUUUAGUGCCGAUAAAUCGGGAGACUCAUGGAGGAGAAGAUGUCGCAGUCUUCGCAAGAGGACCCUGGUCACAUCUUUUCACAGGCAGUUUUGAGCAAAAUUUUCUACCUCAUGCCAUAGCAUACGCCUCAUGUAUAGGCCCUGGACUCACUACCUGUAAAUCAAAAUCCAGAUCACCAUAA